CCAAGCAGACGAAAACCAGCCGUGAAACGACUGAAACCAAAAAAUGAAAAUCUCACACACGGGCGAAAUCGGUCCUGCUGAAAUGCCUGAGAGGUGAGAGUUCCGACUACAGUGAAAAAACACAUGCACAGGAUGUCGCACUAUCCUAGAGUCGAAGCGACGUUGCAAUACAAUGGAAAUUGGUUGAAGCCAUCGAAAGGAAGAAACAAACCAACAGAUCAAUGAUAAUUCAAUAUUGACUAGUGUUCCAACUCAGGAAACCAACAUUGCGAAGAACGGGAGCAGGAAGAGUACAGAGAAAGGGGAACGUGAUAUUUAUAUACUUGAGAGAGUUGAGCAAACGUGUUCUGCGUCGACGCGGAUGGAUCCGCCCUCCGGUACCAAGAGGGAAACUGAGAGCUGCCGCUUCCCCCGCUUGAAUAUAGUCGUGCGCAGUUCUCUCCGAGGAUCAGUCGCGUUGAUCGAUGCCACAACUGCUGGAUACAAAAAAGGGCGAAGAAAUCUCUACGAAGCACAAACGCUCCUGCCGUAUAAUCAUUAUUCUGUCCCCUCUCUACUAACCGCUCUCAGUAGCUUCCGUGUGGGAGAGAGAGAGUGACAGAGUCUAAGAAAAAAUGGCGCCGGAGUUCUCGAAAGGCAAAACGCUAGUGGUUUUGGCCAUUGUGAUCGGCUGUUUCGCCAUCCUUUGGCCAAAAAUCUUCUACCCCAUGUUCCAGGGUCCUGUGGCACCGACAACUAUAGAGCAGCAACCUCCCAUAAUAAAAGAACGAGAUCCGUCAGGUGCUCUAUGCUGCGGUGUGGUGUUUGAGAGCGAUGCCAGCUCGGCGGCCUUCCUGAACGAGUUGUGCAGCCAGGUGUUGAAGAAACGGGAAGGCAUUCCGCCAGAACGGUCGCUAUCCCUCUGCCAUCACGAACUGAUGAACAAAUGCGGGAUCGACUUGGAAGAUGUUGUCAAAUCGGACGUGGACGGCGCCGUAGUCGAUCGUCGGCUGAGCAGCAAAUUCCACGGCCGUGUCCGCGCCCAGAACCUCACCAGCUGUCUGGAAAUCAACUUCGGCAUCGACGAGAACCUAGUCAGGGCUAAGAAGAGCUACCACAGACCUUCUGAUGUUUUAUAUCCACGACAUAUGCGACCGGAGCGACCCCCGCAUUUGCAUCCGGACAUGAUGCAUCCGGCACUCCGCGAAAAAGGACGCGUCAUACCACCCACCCGUACCAUCGCGAAAGAGGCCAAGCCCGGCCCUAUGCCCGGAAUGCGUCCACCCAUGGGCGGAGCCCCUCAUAUCGUCUCACCUUCCUCCCCAGGAUCUGGUGGUAUGGGCAUUUUAAUGCCAAUCUACACAGUUGGCAUCAUCGUUUUCUUCCUUUAUACAAUGAUGAAGAUCAUGUUCAAGAAGCCAGUGACCGAGGAUGAAAGCGAACCUCGCAUCAAAGACUUCCACAUGGAUGGGGAGCACCGAAAGUUCCUCUUUUCUGAGGAGUACUGCUCCGGAGUCUCUGGCCCCGUUUCAGAAAUGACUGUCAAAGAAUACGCAAUCCUGCAAGAACAGCAGAGACAAUUAUUGCUUCAACAGCAGAGAAGGAGUCGAUCGAAAACACCAGAACUCUUCGCCAGAAAAGAUGAAGAAUUAAUGACGAUUCCGGAAGACGUUUGUAGAAAAACUGAGGUGGCUUCCGAAGAGAGCAUUUGUAAGACAGAGCCUGCUCAAGUGGAAGAAGAGUCUGAGAUGGAAGAAGUCGUAGAGGAGGUCAUAAUCCCACGCAGCCCCAAAAUGGAUACCGCCGGAAAACCUAUUGGUCAAUGGUACCUGCCUCCUGGAUUUGAUGGUACCGGUCCCGCUGGAAGCGAAUCCGCCGACGAGAACGAGACGGGUUCCGACAUCGACCUCAACGACGCCGACGAACGUUCACUACGCCUGGCUUUUGCCGCACUCAAAGCCCAGAAAGAAGAAGAGGUGGACCAACUGCGUCGUCGGCUGGAAGAGACUGAACGGGCGAUGGAGCGUAUCUGCCGGCAGAUGGGUGACGUCACCGAUAAACUCUCCACAUCCGCCGUAGCCGAUUUGCUCACCCCGCAACUGUCGUCUGAUAAGACUAAUGAAGAACUUGCGGAUGAAACCAGUCAAGAAUGCAAACCUUGCCAACCGGAAGAAGCUGUUGAGGAGUUGAAGUCGGAGUGUGCCCAGCAGGAAGAAGAGCCAAAGGAGUUACCAGUCAUUAUCUCAGUCGUUCAGAGUUCAGAGGAGAAGCAGGAUCCGGUUGAAGAAGUUUUUACCGAAACGUCGGCAGCUGAAAGUGAAUCUUUCCUUCGUUCUUUUGUACGAAGAUUGCCAUCCGAGAGGCAGCCAAGCGAGAUAUUCGAGGAGGAAGCUGUGAUAGAAGAAAGUUUACCUGCAACAACUUCUGAAGUAGAAUCUCCUGUUGCGAUUGAGGAAACAGCGAUCGAGGAGAAGCUGACAUCCGAAAUUGAAUUCGCCCAGGAAAAACCUUGCACACAAGAGGAAGAAGUUACCAAGUCUGAAAUCGAAUCGGAACCGGCGCCGGAAAUUGAAAGUGUACAAGAACAAUCUGCCGUUCAAGAAGAAGAAAUAAGCGAGCCUUGUACCGAAGAGCUACUGCAAUCAGAACCUGUUCAAGAACUUGUUAAAUCACAAGAUGUAGAAAGCAGCUUGCAAGAAAAUGUCAAAUUGGAACCCGAGGUUGAAUCUGUUGAAGAAGCCGUGCAAGAGGAAGAAUGCCAAUUGCCAGUGGAGGAAACAGUUCAAGAAAAAGUUUCAGCCGAAGUCGAGUCUGCGCCGGAGAAAUCAGUAACGCAAGAGGAAGAAUCAAGCCAACUAGAAGAAUCGGAACCUGUAUAUGAACCGAUCAGUUCAAAGGAGGAAGAAAGCAGGGAAACAGUCGAGGAAAUAACAGAAACUCCAGCUGUUCAAGAACCGGUAAUCGAAGAGGAGUGUCGGUACAAAGUUGAAGAAACGGUUGAAGACGUACUAAAAUCACAGGUCGAAUCUGUUUCGGAACCGGCCAAAGAGGAAGAAAGCGUUUCCAAAAUUGAAGAAACAGCCGAGGAGGAGCAACCUACGCGAGAAAUUGAAUGCGUUGAGGAAGAAUCAACCAUUACAGACGAAGCCAUCUUUAAAUCAUCUAAAAUCGAAACUGUUCAAGUACAAGAGGAAGAAAUUCAGUCCCCAGUUGAGGAAGCAGUCCAAGAAGAAACAGCAAAUGAAGUUCAGUCUUCAGUUGUCCAAGAAGAAGAAAUUUGCGAACCUUGUGUAGAAGAAUCAUUUGUAUCUGAGUUGGAACCUGUCCAAGAACUUGGCAGACCAGAAGAAACCAUCUUGGAAUCACCGGAAGCUGUUCAAGUGCAGGAAGAAGAAAGCCAGGUGCCAGUUAUGGAAGAAAUUCAGGAAGCGACUGCAUCUAAAGUCGAGUCUUCAUCGGAACAAUUGGUUGCGCAAGAAGAAGAAAUUUGCGAACCUUGCACUGAAAUACAAGAAGAAGAAAUAAGCCAACCUAUUGAAGAAAAAACAGAGCUGGAAUCUGUAGAAACCACCUUAGAAUCAUCCGAAGCUGUACAAGUGCAAGAGGAAGAAAUCCAGCCCCCAGUUGAGGAAGCAGUUCAAGAAGUGGCAACAACGGGAGUCGAGUCUUUACCGGAGAAAUCUAUUGCGGAAGAAAAAGAAAUUUACGAACCAGUGAAGGAAGAAGAAAUUUGCGAACCAGUAAAGGAAGAAGAAAGCGUUUCUCAGAUUGAAGAAGUAGCCAUUUUGGAAUCACCGGAAGCUGUUCAUGUGCAGGAAGAAGAAAGUCAGUUGCAAAUUGAGGAAACAGUUCAAGAAAUGACAGCAAUAACUGAAGUAGAGUCUGCACCAGAAAAAUCGGUUACGCAAGAGGAGGAAAUUUGCGAGCCUUCUACCGAAGCCACACAACACCCCGAAGAAGAGUUUGUUCAAGUUCAAAAGGAAGAAUGCCAAACAGUUGAAGCCGAACCGGAAAUUGAAAGUGUCCAAGAGCUCAUCAAAGAAGAAGAAAGUUCAAUCCCUGAACUGACAGCAGAGGAACCAGCCCAAGAAGACAAACAAGAAAACCAAUGCCAACCGGAGGAAACGCUUGAAGAAGUGACAGAAACUGAAGCCACCCAUGAGAUAACAAAUUCUGAAGAGGGAGAAAGCAGCUUGAUGGACGCUGAAACCAUCGAGGAAAUACUGGAAUCCGAAAUCGAAUCUGGCAACGAUCUAACUGUCGCAGAAGACGAGCACACCAACAUCGAAGAUAUCACGGAAGAUAUUCUGGAAAUUGAAACGGAAAGCGUCCCUCAAAUUCCCGACGAUGCAGCGGAGGAGAAUCAGAACAAAGUUGAAGUCGAACAACCAGAAACACAAGUUGAAUCCGUCCAGCCUGAUGCAGUGAUGGAGGAAAUUCAACCCAAAGUAGAAGAAACCGUCAUCCAAACCCCGUGCAGCAAACUGAAGCUGGAAGAAUCCGGAGUAAAGAGUGCCCGUCAAGGAUCUGAAGAGCGAAGAAUGACUGUGAACGUGUGCGGCAUGGAAUUAACAGCCUGCAUGGAAGACUGUGGAAAGAUGCCGACUGAUUUGUUGCCUAAAAUGUCUGACAAAUCCCACGCAGUCAAACACGAACCCUCCGACAAGAUUCCUUCCGUAUUUCUGGAUACCACCAUACCACAUGACAGUCAUCUAGUUGUGUCUGAAGCUGAAUGCUCCGCCGAAGUCGUCCCUCCUGAAGAUCUGGACCUCGAUGAAAACGAAUACGAAUCAAGCCCUGUUGUUUUGUCUGGAAAAAUGACGCUGUCAGUCAUCGGAAUGGAACUGAAUGCAGAGACCCCAGAGAUCCAGGAAGAGCCUCUCUAUACCGUGGAAGAACCGGAUGCUCCUCGCGUCCGAUUUUCCGAGCCAACUGACCGAAUCUUUUUGAUACCAGUCGACCCAGAAGAAGAACUUAUUCCCGAUGACUCACAUGACGAAUUCCACGCAGAAGAAGAUGACGAGCAAGUGGAAAAUCCAACUGUGACCUACCGGCCACCAACACCUCCACUCCAACACCUGGUUGAUCCCGAAGAUGCUGAAUUUUUAACCUACGACCAGUUAGAAGAAGUAGGCGAGGUAGAUAGCCCUACCGAAGAAACUGAACAUGAAUAUCAAGCGGAAAUCCCAGCUCCACUAACUCCGGUCCCGGAAUCUUUGGCUGAACAUUUAACGGAAGAAGCGGAUGCUGUUUGUCCUAGCGACUCAACUGUACCCGCGGUGUUACCGGCAGCAAUCGACCAAACAUUGAUAGAUGCUGUCGAGUCACAAAUCAUCUCGGCGGAAGAGAAGGAAGCUUUAAUUGAAAGCAAGAAUCAAGUUACAGAUGUCGCUGCUGAUUAUGUUGACAAAAUUGAAGUGAUUCCAGCCGUUGAUGAACACGCCAGCAUAGGCCAAAUGGUACAACAGAUUCGAGUGGCAUUGGAAGAAUCUGCAUCUAAAAUUGCGGAAGGAUUUUUAAAAACAGAAGACAGCAAACUGGAUGCAGAGGAAGAAACAGCUGCGCGACCAGAAGUUAUUAGCCUUGAUCAAGAAAUUGAAGAACAUUCAACCAAAGUUCCUGAACAGAGUCGAUCAGUGCAGAACGCCCUGGAUGAAAUGGUGGACUCUAUUAUUACAGAAUCCAUAGUGGAUUCCGUUGCCGAGUCUCUUCGCCGAGAUGGAGGUUGUGAUACGUUGAUUGAAGAUGCCACAGCUAGUUUGGAACGACCAGAACAAGUGUCUGAUUUGGCUUUGAAUGGGGAAACAGAAGAUUUCGAGAGAAACCGUGAAGAGGAAGUAAUGGAACACGCACUGGAGCAAAUCGAGGUACCUGUUUCAUCCGCACAAGUGGAACAACAACCAGAGGGAGUGAUGGCAGCAGUUGUCGACGUAUCUAAUACAGAAAUCGAAUCUGAACCGUCGAUUAGCGGUUUUAUCAUUCGCGAAGAUUACCCAGAUGACGAAGAAACACAGCCGAUGACGGAGGAGGAUAUCCUUCAGGCUCGGCAGGAGAUUGAAGAAAUCAAGAAACUAUUGGCUGAUGUUUCCUCGGGCGUGGUUCACCAUUCGGCAUCCGAAGUGCCAACGGGAUCUUCAAACAUCGUCACAGAGUUGGCUUAUGCAAUGGCUGAAGACGCUGCCUCAGCAGCUGCUGCCAGCAAAGGAUCAUCACCUGACAUGGACGAGUAUGAAGUGAUUCAGACCGCCCGACCAACAGAGUCUUCUGAGGCUUCGCACGAAAUAGACUCCAGCGUACCAACAUCGGCAGUAAAAACCACCACUUCCACCAACAGCGACAGCUAGGAAUUUUAAUUUUAAACAUCAGGAGCAUUCAUCUGACAAAAUCACGAGUUUUUUUACCGACUCAAACGAUAUUAUUUGGUCAAUUCCUCUUGUUUCCUGUAAUAAAGCAAAAGGUCAAUUUCAGAGAACAUUUAUUGGUAGCUGUGCAGAUAUUUUUAGCUUCAUGUAGCUGAAAGGAAGGCGGUCAUCAAAUCCAAGUCAACUUCUUAAUUUUUCACACACACACACGCCUUAAAGUCUUCUAUAUAAUCGAGGCAGUUGUCCUGAUGAGCUAUUUUGCUUUCGUACGAAACUGGUCUCCAUCUUCCCUUUAUUAACUUCCUUGUCUUGUGUUAUCCCACCGCAGUUGUUGUCCUGUUACUAUAAUGAUAUUUAAGUAUUCUCGUCUGCUUCUCGUCCUUAUUUUCUUCCUGUAUACGAGUUCGUUGAUAGGAGUUAGAUUUCUUUUGGUGUGAGACAACCAAUACAAUCAAGAUGGAAGAUAUUGAA